UACCGGCAGCACAUCUUACAGAGCUAUGGAGUCGUUGUUGGUUCAGUUAAGCACUUGCAGUGAGCUGAUCGCCGAGGGCUACAGCAGCACAGGCACCAUGGGCUGGCUGAACGAGUUCUGCGCCACCUUCCUGGACUUUGCCAGCGAUCUGAAGGCCCGACUGCCGGAGGUGGCCCCCAGUGGCGCCAACUUGGAGGUGGAGACCAUUUUCCUGUGCCUCACCCAGGUGGUCACGUGCAUCACCCACUUGGAGCGGACCAUUAGCCUGGAGGCCUCGCAGAUGACCAGGCAGCACUUCCUCGAUCGCUUGGACUGGUGUUUGCGCCGAAUGCUGAUCUCCCUGACGCAACUGGAGAGCAGCGUGGCCCCGGUGAAGAACCUGGAGGAUCACUCGUUCGUCGAGCUGAUGGAUCUGGCCCUGGAUCACCUGGAUGACUACAUGGAGAAGCUCUCCCAGCGGAGGAACAACUCGCUGCACAUCCUGGAGGAGAGCUUCACGGAGGACAGCUUCCAGCUGGCCAGCAUUGUGAAUCACAUAGUGCGCCACGUCUUGGCCUUCGCCAAUGUGGCCAUCAAAUCGGACAAGAUGGCCCUGACCGCUCUGUGCGAGACUCUGCUCAGCGAAUGUGCCACUUUUCACGAGGAGGCAGGUGAUCCGAACUGUGGGCACCGCAAGCUGGAGGCACUCUCCUUGGAGCGAGCGCUCUACGCCCUGGAAUCCUUCCUAAAUGAGGCCCUGCUGCACUUGCUCUUCGUCAGCCUGAUCGAACUGGAGAACACUUCGGUGGAGAAACUGAAGGAGGCACUGCGAAAGGACGCCGCUGGUGCUCAAGAACUGAUCUCCGCCUUCGACAUCAACAUGGACCGCAUCCAGCAGAUUGGAGUGCUGGCCAUAGCCUUCUCGCAGGACAUCAAAACCAAGACGAUUGUGAGGAGCUGUCUGGCCUCCUUGGAGUCCCUGGAUGCCUGCAUUGUGCCAGCUCUCCAGCUGCCCGAAUCCGCCGCAUCCAGGCAGCAUGUGGAGAUCCUGCAGGAGCACUUCAACCAGGAGCUGUUGAUCUUCCGCAACGUGAUCCACGAAAUCAUCGACAGCUGCUCCCUGAUCAACAACUACCUGGAUAUGCUGGGCGAGAGCAUCCAGGUUCAGGAGAAGAGUCACCUGAAGCUGAUUGUCCAGCGGGGCAGUGUUUUGGUGGAGCACUUCCGGCUGCCUGUGAACUACGCGGGUCUCAGUGAAGAUGGCCAGCGGGUGCACAAGGAUCUCAUCCUCAUCCUGCGGGAGUGCCAGGCUGUGGUUAACCUGGACAUCCCGGUGGAGCCCAAGCGCAUCGUCAAGCGCCUCAAGAUAUUGUACUCCGUUCUGGCCAAGCUGAGGGACCUGAUAAGCAAGGAUAAUCUCGAAACCGACUGUUCCGUUGCCUCCCUAGCCCCGAUUCCCUCAAAUGCCACCAGGACUUUUGUGCGAAACAGUAGAUCCGUGUCCAAGAGGCAUCGUUCCUUUGUGAAGCAAACCGGAAAUUGCUCGGUCUUUGGGCCACAGGACACCUUCACCGAGUCCGCAAGCAGUGAAAGCGAUCUAAUUAGUUUUCAGAUGAACGAGGUUCUUAGAUUAAAUUGAGCAGCCAUGGCACACGUUAUUAUAAAUAGAAAGAGAGGCUGCCAACACAUUCUCGGAACACCGCAGAGCUGCCAACGCGUUUUCCAGCGCAUGGUUGCAUUUCA